CCGCAGCCUCAGAAGUGACUAUAAAUCUCCCGCCAGAUUCCACAUCGAAUCCAUCACAAGAAUGAAGAUUUCUACUACUAUCUCUAUACUACCUGGCUCUCCAUCAAGCCUCUGGACAACCAUGCGUUCGGUUGGCACAUUCAAUAUCGCUUGUUCAUUUGUAGCACUUUGGGCCUUUGUCAAAGUUCUAAGGACCCUCCGCUGGCGAUUGAAGACCACUCAACUACGGGGUCCACCUCGUUCCAGCAUCGUAUAUGGCGUUUCGAACGACCUCGUCUCAUCUACAGAUACUGCUGCAAUGUAUGAACGUUGGGCGGACGAAUAUGGGGUAGUAUAUAUGAUUCCGAGCGUCCUCGGGCAGACUAAAAUCGUGCUAUGUGACCCAAAAGCUAUAGCACAUUUCUAUGCCCGAGAGACAUGGACCUAUGUACAGACGCCCCUUGCGUCAGUGAUCCUAGAGACCUCGAUCGGCAGAGGGGUACUAUGGUCUCACGGUGAAAGCCACAGGAGGCAGCGGAAGGCCCUCACGCCAGCUUUUAGUAACGCAGCUAUUCGGAGACUUACAUCAGUGUUUUAUGACUCAGCAUACAAGGUCAAGGGUGCAUGGGAUACUGCUAUAGAAUCGAGCAAGGAUGGCAAUGCGGUCAUUGAAGUCCAGAACUGGAUGAAUCAUACCUCUCUAGAUACGAUUGGCAUCGCCGGUUUCUCCCAUGAUUUUGGCUCGCUCGAUGGGAAGCACGCUACCGUGACCGAAGCGUUUGAUACGUUCGGGAACAAUGCACGGGCCUCAGUGGCGAACAAGGUUUUUAUUUUGCUCUCGGAAGUAUUUCCUACCAUCGCCAAGAUUCCCACUAAGCGGACGAUUCGGAACAAGAAACUUGGCGUGAUCAUGGGCGAAAUAUCCAACAAAUUGUUGAUUCGCAGUCGCCAGGAGAAGGGCGCGAAUAUGAACGAGGCAGAAGAGGAGAAGUCCGUUAUUGGACUGUUGCUCAAAGCCGAAGGUCAGGAUGCCGAGCUUCGCCUGUCCGAGGAGGAAGUAGUGGCUGAGGUCCGUGGAGACUAUUCUAGCGACGGAUUUCAAGCUAACGUCAUGCAGAUGAAGGUCUUGCUUCUCGCGGGUUACGAGACGACAUCCAUCAGUCUUACGUGGGCACUGAUCGAACUAUCGCGACACCUCGAUGUCCAAACCAGACUCAGAGAGGAACUGCUUGUGUUUGGUGCUGAUCCGACAUAUGACCAAUUAAAAGCCAACCUCCCGUUCUUGGAUGCUGUUGUCCAUGAAAUUCUACGACUCCAUCCUCCGGUAUCCGAAUUCGUUCGGCUUGCCGCCGCAGACGAUGUUAUUCCUUUGGGUGAACCUGUGCGCACGGCGUCCGGGAAAAUGACCGACAAUAUAUCUGUAGCCAAGGGGUCAUUGAUUACGAUCUCAGCCGGAGCAAUCAAUCGCUCUUUAUCCAUCUGGGGACCUGACGCAAAGGAAUUCAAGCCUGACCGUUGGCUAACUGAAGGGGGCAUCAGUGGGAAGGCCAAGGAAGUCCAAGGUCAUAGGCAUUUGCUGACAUUUGUCGACGGCCCGAGGACAUGUCUUGGAAAAGACUUUGCACUUGCGGAAUUCAAGACGGUUUUAUCGGUUCUGGUGAAGAAUUUCAUGUUUGAGAUGCGGGAUGGACCAGAUACUCAGCUUGAGAUUGCGAGGGGGAUUUUACCUCGUCCGCGGGUUGUUGGAGAGGAUGGUAUUGGGGUACCUUUACGCGUUCGUCGGUACGAAUGAUUGGUUGCUGACAGGUUUAAAUAUUUUCCUCACUUGUCCGCGGCUGGAGCUCUUGCAUUGUAUUCAGAUCAGAAGUACCUGUAGCUUAAUAUCGUUACCACUCAAUUAAUAUUGGCUCUCUAUGCAAUGAAAGGCUUGGGGAGUGGAGCCUGUCGUUCGAUGUUCGUCCAGAUCUCAGGUUCAAGGGAUGGUUCAUUCAACGGGACGCAAGCCCGCCUUGCUGAGAAAUUUCAAUAUAAUUGAAAAACAAGGAUGAUGAUGAUAGGGAUGAUGGCAAUGAUAGCGAUUAGGACAGAAGACGUGCGCUUCACGAGGAAGCGGCUCUAUACAUAAUAUUCAAAAACGGAAGAUGCACGCAUAUCCAAGCAUAAGAAUUCUUCAUAUAGCUGUCUUGGAUAUCAGUCAAUCACUCGGGUUGUAUAGUCUGCUCAUCCACGCGACCACAAGUGUCUGCGUAUCGUGAUGACGGACAUAAGAAGACAAGAAAUACCGACAU